GUUCUUUUGUAAUUGAACUACACCUCAUGGGGGUUGGUUGUAAUUUACCCCAAGAUUUUCUUAGUAGACACGUGCGAUUUAAAUCUCUUGCUUCACAUUCGCCGGCGCAGUAUAAACCGGCGGCUUCAUCUUCAUCUGAAUUUUGGCGCUUAAUUCGACCAUAAAUUCUCACGAAAAUGGAAGCAAAGUGGGAAAGCAACGAAACAGGAAGCAGCAAUUCGAGAAAGACGAUGACGUCACCUUGUGACGUCGAUGCCCUAAGGAAGUGUUUGGCUGAAAACAAAGGAGAUCGGCGUAAAUGCCAAUCGCAUAUCGAAGCUUUCAAAAACUCAUGCUCCAUUAACAAGUCCUCCGAUUCACCUCCGAAGAUCCAAUCUUGAUUAUGUGGUUUUGCAGGCAAAUUGUUUGAUUACUUUCAGUAAUUCACUUGAUUUGAAACCUAUUGUUCAUUUUGGAUAAUAAUUAGUAAUUACGAUUGGGAAUUCAUAUUUCAUAGUUCAUACUUUAUUUGAAGUGAUUUCAAAAUUCAAAUAUUUAGCCCUAGAAAUGGAGCAGUUUGAUUGAGCUGUAAAAUUAGCAUUUUUUUCAGUAUAUAAUAUGAAAUCUGUUGUGUUUAUUAUAUCCCUCGUCGCCUUUAUAUUUUUUUCGAGUAUAGUAUGAACCUUUUUUUUGUUCUUGUUCGUGGCUCAACCGAGAAUUCAAAUAAGUCGAUUUCUAAAGGUUCACUCGAUAGCUAUUCCGCAGGAAAACGGUGUAUGGAGGAAAUGCAUUUGCACGGCAGUCAAGACAAGGUAGCCCAUUGGUAAGCACCUGUUUAUCAUGCAAAGCAAGAAGCCUGCACGAACUCUCAUUGUUUCAAGUUACAGCUACAACCAAAUGAGCAGAGGACUAACUUAGCUUCUCACGUUUCUACAUUAUGUCGGUAGAACUUCCCGUUUUUGACAUUUCGCAGCCCUUCGACUCGUCUUCUCUCUCCUCUCUUUCUGUAGCCUGCAGAGAAUGGGGCUUUUUUCACAUAACCAAUCACGCAGUUUCCAAAGAGUUAAUCGAGAAACUGCGUUCUCUCUCUACCCAGAUUUUUGACCUACCUUCGGAAGUGAAGGACAAAGCCGGCCCUUUAUCUUCCGUCAAAACGUACACCCCGCAUUUCAUCGCCUCUCCUUUCUACGAGAGUCUACGGGUUUCCGGGCCCCACUUCUCUGAUUCUGCAGAGAGUUCUUCCCAGGCCUUCUUGAAUCAGUCAAACCGUGAAUUCAGUGAGAUAUUAGAGGAGUACGGAAGAAAAAUGACAGACUUAUCGAAGAUAAUCGUCGAAAUGGUAAUCAAGUCCAUGGGGAUUGAUUUUGAGACGAAGUACCUAUCAGAAUUCAAGAAUUCUCAUGGCUAUUUGAGAAUAAACAACUACUCCUCACCAGAGUGCAACGACGACGAAGAAGAAGAAACCGAAGGACUAGGAAUGCACACAGAUAUGAGCUGCAUAACCAUAGUCUAUCAAGAUGAAAUCGGUGGGCUCCAAGUGAGGUCUAAAGAAGGGCAGUGGAUGGAUAUAAAUCCACACGAAAACACGCUCGUCGUCAACAUCGGUGACUUAAUGCAGGCGUGGAGUAACGGAAUUUUCCGGUCAUCGGAGCACAGAGUGGUCCUUAGGAAAAACACGAACCGAUUCUCCGUUGCUUUUUUCUGGUGCUUUGAAAACGAAAAGGUUAUAUUUGCUCCCGAGGAAGUCGUGGGAGAGGGGAAUUUGAGGCUGUAUAAGCCCUUUGUUUGUGCAGAUUAUGUCAAGUUUAGAGAGAAUAGUGAGAGAGGGAAGUUUGAGAAAGUUGGCUUUACUGUUAAGCAUUUUGCAGGGACUGAAAUGCAAUUGUAAUUUUUUUUUUUCUAUUUUUUAAACUUUAUUAUUUGACCCUCAUUGUAAACCUUGUGGUAUAAAAUUUAUUUUCUUG